AUGACAGGUGUCGACGAGACCACAUGGAAGAGUUGGUGCAAGGAAGUCCGACAAGGGUUUGUACAGAGAAACCUUCCUGCACUCCCAAUCGAGUUGAUUCCAAGGAACAACGGGAACUUCCUCGACAAUCGCUGUUUUGUUGAUCAUUUCAACGCUCUGACCUCAGCGUACUACAGCCUCCAUUCUCAACACCUAGUCCAGGCUCGAGAGAUGACGGAUCUACGACGCGACUUUGCCACCCUGUCAUGUCGCAAUGAACGCAUGGAACAGCAACUAAUUGAAUCCAACAAGCUCCUUGGGCGCAUUGGCAACCGCAUUGAAGUCAUGACACCAACCAAGAAAGAGUUGAGCGACAAACCUACUGAAGGGUAUAAACAUGAGUUGGCCAGCUCCAACUGGACCAGGAUGUUGAAAAGCGAGCAAACCCGCAUCAAGAACCACCACAAGAAGCUGAAGAAGUUCAUCAAGACCAUGCUGUUCUUCUGUCCUGAGUACCCCAACCCAAGACCUGAAAGUGUCAAAGAGCUUGUGCAAUGGAAACGAGACAUAGCCCACACCGCUCGUGUUGCAGAGAUCGCUCUUUACCAAUGUCUAGACCCAGACUCGAAACGCAGGAAGUUUGCCUUUGACUUCACAUCAUCACACCCCCUAGUGAAGCGGUUCGAAAACAAGGACGACCCCUUGAACAAGGAGCUACCCUCCAAUACACCGUCCUCUGUGCAAAUGUACUUUGGUGCCACCAUCGACUAA